AUGCCUGACAUUGCUGUGGAGGAUGCCUCUUUACCCGAUUCUUCUACUGUCCAGGAAGAGGACCUUACUCAUGCUUUUCUAGGUGGACCGACUGAUCCAUCAAUACUGCGGAGUUUCAAUAGUCAUGUCGCUGCAACUGUUUGUCACGGGGAGGAACGAGGGCCCCUAAAGUGUCAUAAUCACUCUUCGAAGAUCCUUGCAUGGCCAUGGUGGUCAGUAGACAACAACACCAGAUUCAAAGCCAUUAUUGAGCAGUCUGGGCUGUCACAGUUAGCUCAUUGCACUUAUCGGUUCGUCAACAAGCUUCUAAUCUCCAGUUUUGUUGAGAGAUGGCAACCUGAGACGAACACAUUUCACAUGACAGUUGGUGAGAUGACCUUGACCCUGGAUGAUGUUGGCACUAUUCUUGGCCUUCCCAUUGUAAGCAAAUCAGUCAGCGUUCCAGAUAUGAUAGAUCAUCAUGGAGUUACACUACUGGUUUAUGGCUUGGGGAUUAUUGAACGUGUAGCACAUGAAGAGGUUUCUACUUCUGAUUUAGACCCAGAGGAGGCUAUGCAGUGCGCUACUAGAGCUUAUUUGCUGUUUCUGUUGGGAUGUACGCUCUUCAGUGACAAGAGUGGCGGCAGGGUUCCUGUUGUUUACCUUGGCUUAUUGAUGGAUUUGGGAUCCAUUCAUACUUACGCCUGGGGUGCUGCUGCAUUAGCAUUUUUAUACAGACAGUUAGGGCAUGCUAGCCGGUCUGGUGUUAAGCAGAUGGGUGGUUAUAUGACUCUUUUGGAGGCGUAG